GCGCUCGUGAACAGACGACACCGGCCUCAGUACAGAAUCAGACAGUCUGAUUAAAACAGAUACUCAUUUCCACUGCCGUGUUUCCCCCCCCUGUGAGGUUAUGGGUAAGGCACCGCUGUGAGGGAGUGCCGAGUUAUUUACACGUCUGGUUUCAUUCACGGGAAUAAUGAUGAAGAAGGAUGUCAACUUGAGCCUGGCGGACGACGCGGACCUCAAGCCGCAUCUCCGCGACGCCGAGAGCAUCCUCAGCUCCCCGGACAUGGGGCUGCUCAAACUGGCCUCCCCGGAGCUGGAGAGGCUCAUCAUCCAGUCAAACGGGAUGGUCACCACCACGCCGACGAGCCCGCAGUUCCUCUACCCGAAGACGGUGACGGACGAGCAGGAGUUCGCGGAGGGCUUCGUGAAGGCGCUGGAGGAUCUCCACAAGCAGAACCAGCUGAGCGGAGCCGGGCAGGCGAGCGGCAGCCUGGACCUGGGCUCAAACAUGGCCCCGGGCACCGCUCAGCUGGAUCUACCGGUGUACACCAACUUGAACAGUUACGGUAGCGCCACGCUGGAAACCACUGUCAACUACUCCACGGACACGGUCCCGUACCCGCCUCCUCCGGCGCAUCAUUUAGGGGGAUCCCCGCCGCAGCCAGAGCUGUGUCGGGUCCAGCUGCUGAAGGAGGAGCCUCAGACGGUCCCCGACGUGCAGAGCUUCGGGGAGAGCCCCCCGCUGUCUCCCAUCGACAUUGACUCACCAGAGAGCAUGAAAGCCGAGAGGAAGAGGCUCAGGAACCGCAUCGCUGCCUCCAAGUGUCGGAUGCGCAAACUGGAGCGGAUUUCCCGGCUGGAGGACAAGGUCAAAUCGCUGAAAAGCCACAACACGGAUCUGGCCUCGACGGCGAGCCUGCUCAGGGACCAGGUGGCCCAGCUGAAACAGAAAGUCCUCACCCAUGUCAACAGCGGCUGCCAGGUGCUGCCACACGAAGUCCAGGUGCACUAGAGGAGGAGGAGACCUGGAGUUGGGUUACUGACCAGCAUAUAAGCUUCAUGGACUUUGUUAAUGUUGUUGUUUUUCUGUAUUUAGUGUAGCCCAGAUGUGUGCUGAUCCCAGUGGAAUGAAUUAACGCCAUGUAGGCCAAAUUGUACAUUCAGGAUCCGGUGUUCAAAUGAUUACGAGCAUCGGCAAAAAUGGGUAGAACACAAUGGAAGAAAAAUGGAGAGAUAAGACUCUUCCGCUAGGACAUAUUAUUUAGACCAGGAUCCACGGGCGCCUCCAAUCAGUGUUAAUCAUGGACAUUUUU